CCUGGGGAUGUUCGUCAGCAUCCGCACGACCCGGGCCUCCACCCCCCUCUCCCUCGGCGACAGGGAGUUCGCGAUCCGCUUCUUCUGCAUCGUCGUCACGGACUGCCUCUGCUGGAUCCCCAUCAUCGUCUUGAAGUAUCUGGCAAUGAUGGGGCUCGACAUACAUCCCAAACUCUACGCAUACGUUGUAGUGGUCCUUCUGCCCAUCAACUCAGCCCUCAAUCCUUUCCUGUACACUUUCACCACUUCGAAAUUCCGGUCGAGAGCCUCGCAACUGUGCACUAUGCAGGUCCUGUGUCAUAAGUCGCACGCCGUCGAUAUAGAGUCGGAGGCGACGCGCACGUCCCUGCUUCGAGGCGCCACGUGCAGGGGAAGCGCCGGGGGGGGCAGGGAGGGAAUUCCCCUGCAGACCCACUUCAUCAUUGCCGAUCACCUGGUGGGGGUGGAGAACGGGGCAGGGGCGGGCAAGAUGACUAGAGUGAGAACACGCCGCGCGCAUAAGAACACACACGACACAGACGAACAAGACACAGAGACAUCUCGGGACAUACUUUUUGCCAUUAGAUCUGCGUCUGCGGCGGAGGCGGAACAUGGCGUCGGUAUCACUGGGGAUUUUCUUCGCUCAGCUUCUGUGUUUUGUGCAGCCUUUAGGUAA